AUGACCGGUGGUGACUCCAGGGCUGCUGCCAACCAGGACAUGGAGAUUGGGGCCGAGCGCCCCUCAGACACCAAGAAGGUACCCAAGCAGGCCCGAGAGGAUGCCUCCCUGGCCACGGACCGCAUGCGCCUGCUGGCCGACGGCAAGAGGCCAAGGCAGCGCUACGUGGAGAAAAGUGGCAAAUGCAACGUACACCAUGGCAAUGUUCAGGAGACCUAUCGCUACCUGAGCGACCUUUUCACCACUCUGGUGGACCUCAAGUGGCGCUUCAGCCUGCUGGUCUUCACGCUGGUCUACACAGUCACCUGGCUCUUCUUCGGUUUCCUUUGGUGGCUCAUCGCCUACCUGAGGGGUGACCUGGAGCAUGUGGGCGACCAGAAGUGGCUCCCCUGCGUGGAGAACCUCAGCGGCUUCGUGUCCGCCUUCCUGUUCUCCAUCGAGACCGAGACCACCAUCGGUUACGGCUUCAGGGUGAUCACAGAGCACUGUCCCGAGGGUAUUGCAUUGCUGCUGCUGCAGGCCAUUCUGGGUUCCAUCGUCAACGCCUUCAUGGUGGGCUGCAUGUUUGUGAAGAUCAGCCAACCCAAGAAGCGUGCCGAGACGCUGGUGUUCUCCAGCCACGCUGUCAUCUCCCUGCGGGAUGGCCAGCUCUGCCUCAUGUUCCGCGUGGGCGACCUGCGCUCCUCACACAUAGUCGAGGCUUCCAUCCGUGCAAAGCUCAUCAAAUCCCGGCACACGGCUGAGGGCGAGUUCAUCCCCCUGCACCAGACCGACAUCAACGUGGGCUUCGACACUGGAGAUGACCGGCUCUUCCUGGUGUCUCCGCUCACUAUCUCCCACGAGAUCAAUGACAAGAGUCCUUUCUGGGAGAUGUCCCAGGCGCAGCUGCACCAGGAGGAGUUUGAGGUGGUGGUCAUCCUGGAGGGCAUGGUGGAGGCCACAGGCAUGACUUGCCAAGCAAGAAGCUCCUACAUGGACACUGAAGUGCUGUGGGGCCGCCGCUUCACACCAGUGCUCACCUUGGAAAAGGGCUUUUAUGAGGUAGAUUACACCACCUUCCACGACACCUACGAGACCAGCACCCCCAGCUGCUGCGCCAAGGAUCUGGCCAAGAUGAGGCAGGAGGGCAGCUUCUUCCAGAACCUCCCCAGCCCCCCUCCAGUCUCGGGCUGUGCUGAGACUGAGCUGAACAGAGAGACUGAGCAGGAUGAAGUCAAGGGGAGCCCCAAGGCUCAGUAUGAGGCCUCCCUGUCCUGUGAGCACUGUCCUUGGGCUUCUGUGGCACAGACAGGACAGGGCCAGGGUGGGUUGGAAAGUAGCUAAAUACACUGUGUGGAGCCAGGG